GAUUAGGGACAGAUAAGGGGUUUUUGUUUGUUUUGUAUUUUGCUUUUCCAUUUUAAUACAGACCCAGUGAGGAAACAUCCAUGUGAUAAAAGUCAUUGGUAUACAGUAAUAAAAUGACUGCCUGCUUACCCCAUGGGAACAUGUUAGUAAUUAUUCCUCCUUCAUCAAAUGAGAAUAAAAAAAUAACCAGAAGCCUUUGGACCUUUCCUUCGCACAGUGUAACAGCUAACUGGCUGUGUCUUUCUAUCGAUAUUUAUGUACGUUAUAAAUUACAUAUUGUAAAGGAAAAUUUUGUUUUAUAUCUCACAGGGACUCCAAAACAUCCUCUGCAUUACAGGAAGGAAGUAGAAAUUAGAACUACCCUUCAGGAGUUGUUACUCUACUUUAUUUUUUUAAUAAACCUAUGUAUAUUGACUUUUGGGAUGGUAAACCCACAUAUGUAUUACUUAAACAAAGUUAUGUCAUCUCUAUUUUUGGACACUUCUGUGCCUGGUGAUGAGAGAACCAACUUUAAGUCUAUUCGCAGCAUAACUGAUUUUUGGAAGUUUAUGGAAGGACCCCUUUUGGAAGGUCUGUACUGGGACUCAUGGUACAAUAACCAGAAGUUGUAUAAUUUAAAGAACAGCAAUCGCAUCUACUAUGAGAACAUACUUUUAGGAGUCCCCCAAGUCCGUCAACUAAAAGUCCGCAACAACACGUGCAAGAUUUAUUCAUCCUUUCAGUCUUUGAUGAGUGAAUGUUAUGACAAAUACACUUCUGCAAAUGAAGACCUGUCUGAGUUUGGCCUUAAAGAUGAUACUGAAUGGAAGUACUCUACUCCUAGUGUCAACUCCCCUUGGCAUUGGGGAUUUGUUGGUGUUUACCGAAAUGGGGGCUAUAUUUUCACUUUAUCAAAAUCAAAGUCUGAAAUCAAAGACAAGUUCGUUAACCUGCGACUGAACAGCUGGAUCACAAGAGGGACUAGAGUUAUUUUUAUUGAUUUUUCAUUAUACAAUGCUAAUGUAAAUCUGUUUUGCAUCAUAAGACUGGUGGCAGAAUUCCCUGCAACUGGAGGAAUACUUACUUCAUGGCAGUUUUACUCUGUGAAGCUCCUCAGAUAUGUUAGCUACUAUGAUUAUUUUAUUGCUUCCUGUGAAAUCAUAUUUUGUAUUUUUCUUAUUGUCUUCACAAUACAAGAAAUCAAAAAUAUGAAAGAAUUUAAGUGGGCCUAUUUCAAAAGUAUUUGGAACUGGCUAGAAUUGCUACUUUUGGUGUUGUGUUUUGUGGCUGUUUUCUUCAACUCAUACUGUAAUAUACAAGUUUUCCUGUUACUUGGACAGCUGUUAAAAAAUACCAAAAAAUAUUCAGAUUUCUAUUUUCUUGCAUACUGGCACAUUUAUUACAACAAUAUACUUGCUAUUACCAUCUUCUUUGCAUGGAUAAAGAUAUUCAAAUUCAUAAGCUUUAAUAAGACGAUGUCUCAGCUGUCAUCAACCUUGUCCCGCUGUAUCAAAGACAUAGUAGGAUUUGCCAUCAUGUUUUUUAUAAUAUUCUUUGCUUACGCCCAGUUAGGAUUUCUUGUUUUUGGAUCACAAGUUGAUGACUUUUCCACUUUUCACAAUUCCAUAUUUGCACAAUUUCGAAUUAUUCUUGGAGAUUUUAAUUUUGCUGGAAUUCAGCAAGCCAAUCGUAUCUUGGGACCCAUUUACUUCAUCACUUUCAUCUUUUUUGUGUUCUUUGUCCUGCUGAACAUGUUCUUGGCAAUAAUUAAUGAUACCUAUUCUGAAGUGAAAGCUGAUUAUUCACUAGGCAGAAGGCCAGAUUUUGAGCUUUGUAAAAUGAUUAAAGAGAGUUACAACAAUGCUCUCGAAAAACUCAAUCUAAAGAAACCUCAAAAGGAUGAAAACAAGAACAAUAUGAAAAGCGGAGAUUUGGCUGAACGAGCCAGAAGAGAAGGCUUUGACGAAAAUGAGAUUCAAAGUGCAGAGCGGAUGAAAAAAUGGAAAGAGAGGCUUGAGAAAAAGUACUAUUCUACAGAAACUCAAGAUGACUACCAGCCUGUCACUCAACAAGAAUUUCGAGAACUCUUUUUAUAUGCCGUGGAGCUGGAAAAAGAAUUACACUACGUCAGUUUAAAACUAAACCGAGUAAUGAGAAAGGUUUCAGCUCUACGAUAUUGAGAGAAGUGGAGGUGAGAAUCUGUGAUGCAAUCACUGACCAUUCCUAACAAAGAUUUAUUCUUGUAUUCAAUUAUUUCCUAAACUUGUCCCCAUUUCAGGUACACUUUAAAAGUACUAAACCACCUAUUGUCCGAGUCAAUGAUAAUCACCAAAUGAUUUCCAGGAAUUAAGUGCCUCUGAAUGAGACCAACGUAUAAUCCAUGCAUAUUACAACACGCCUCCAGAGUAUAUACACAUUGAUACACACAAAGGAUUUUAUAACAAGAUUUAUUAUUAAACUCUAGGGAUGUGAAGGGAAAGUACAAAAUAAUGCUGCUUAUAGUUCAUGGGGCAGGUCUCUAUAAUUAAUAGUUCAGUAAGUAGAUAGACAGUUUUCUCAGUGUUGUUACACAGAGUAUAACAACUGUUGGUGCUCUCAUCAUGUACCAUGUUUUAACUUCCACUGUCCACAGAUAAAUUAAUAAAUGUUUAGGAUUCUGGAAAACCAUUAUAUAAUACCCCAAGUAAAAUAAUCUUAUCUCCAUUCUUUCCGAUUUGAAGUCUCCUGGAAAAAGUCAUAGUGCAGAAGAAUAAACUUUCCAACCACCUACAAAAAUUUCACGAAUAUCUUCAAACUGGAAAUUCAUCUAGAUAGUUUCUAAAGUAACACAUUUAAAGCUUCCCCAAAGUGCUUCCUUGACUACUUUAAAAGCAAGAUAUACUUUAAAAAAUAAAGAGCAAGCUAGGGGUAUCAGAGUUAUAAGAAGUCAAGUUAUGUUUCUAAGUGUAAAUGAGGGUGCUGCAAAAGCCCUGUUUGGAUGGUUGGAAAGUUGUAUAUGGUCAGCAUUUUGGAAAUUAGAAGGAAAUUCUAUUAAUUUUUUUAGGUUACAUAAGCCCUCCUAGAAGAGCCACAUGUUCUCUUAGCCCAAGUACAUCAUUUGACCAUAGCACUCAACUUCCACAUUGGUGCUCAAAGUCCCUGGAUUUUAAAACUCGAACAACGUAAUUUUUAAGUCUACCCACCUUCCUCGGGCCAAGCUCUUCUCUUAGAGACUGUACUUCAAGUUUUCUUAAGAGGAUAACUCACUACAACAAAAAAUGCUGACUAUUCUCUCUACAUCUCCUCCCUAGAUUUCCACAGGGAAUCAACAGCAUGGCCUUUCCUUGCCUUACUAGUCCCCAGAGCUGUAGCCAGCCAAGUGGUUUGGUAACCCUGUUGUCCCCCAGAUGGUCCCUGGUUGAGGUACUUCAAAAAAGCCCAGAAACAUUAAGGCAAGGGAAUACUUGAGGUCUCUAUUUUUUCUUUUUUAACAUCUAGUG